GGCUCUGACGGUCACGUGGAGCCUGUGGAAACUCACUGCGCAUGUCAGCGUUCGCACGGACAGGAGAAAGACUCAUCGGGACCAAAGUGGGCAAAUAAACGUACUUUAGGUGGUUUUUGGAGCGACGAACGGCUGGGUUUACAUCUCACAGCGCCUCCUUAAAGUCCCGUUCGGACAAAGCCGUUUGGAAACGGACGAGUGCUAAUCUGGAUUCAAACAUCUGCAGAGGAAGCCCAGCGGUCUGAGGAUGGAAGGAGCUGCAGAUCUUCAGGAAGAAGCUCCCGAGUCUUCAGUUUGAGGCUACAAUCUGCUUUAAUCUGCAGGAUUAAGGAAAUAUUCCUAACUGAACUCUUCCUUGAGUUUGGUGGUGGCAGCAGGAGCUCGUUUCCCCCCAUAGGCCUAGCUGCUCUCUUCCUGGAUGGUGAGGGGGUUGCCAUGGUUACCGUUGCUGUGCCACUGAUGUAGCGUCCUGAAGUGGUAGGGGUUGGGGUGGAGCUGGAGGAGGAGGACGUGCAGGAAUGGGAAGUGCUCCGUACCCAGCCGGUGAGUGGAGGGAGAAAGGGCGAGGCGGCCUGCAGGAGCUGGGCUGCAUGCCGUGGAAAGUCAACAAGCAGAAAGGAGGAGGAGGAGGAGGAGAGGGGGCGGGGGCAGAGAGGAGGCACGGGGAUUACAGGGACGUUCAGCAGCGGGAUCUCUCAUCCUCCUCUUCCUCACUUACACCCCCUGCUCCUCCCCGACCUCCCCCGGCGAUUUACCACGAGAAGCAGCGGCGAGAGCUGUGCGCUCUGCACGCGCUCAACAACGUCUUCCAGGACGGGACGGCCUUCAGUCGGGACGCCCUGCAGGAGAUAUACCAAAGGCUUUCUCCCAGCACCAUGGUGACGCCUCACAAAAAGAGCAUGCUGGGAAACGGGAACUACGACGUCAACGUCAUCAUGGCUGCCCUGCAGACCCGAGGGUUCGAGGCCGUUUGGUGGGAUAAAAGAAGGGACGUCGGCAGCAUCGAGUUGUCCAACGUGGAAGGUUUCAUCCUGAACGUACCGUCCAACCUCCGCUGGGGGCCCCUUCGCCUGCCGCUCAAGCGCCAGCACUGGAUCGGGGUCAAAGAGGUGGGCGGAGUCUAUUACAACCUGGACUCCAAGCUACGCAACCCUCAGCCCAUCGGGAGCCCGGAUGAGCUCAGGAAGUUUCUGCGCCAGCAGCUGCGAGGGAAAAACUGUGAACUCCUGUUGGUCGUCUCCGAGGAGGUGGAGGCGCACCAGACGUGGCGGUCUGACGGAUGAGGGGAGGGGGGGCGGAGGCCAUCACAGAACCUGCAGGGGAGGAUGCAGCAUCGCCAAAAUGCAUGAAGACCCCCCCCCCGCACACACACACAGUUUACAGCACCGCCCCUGCAUCAGAGCCAUGCAGGGGGGGGGGCACCUUUACCACCUUUCCUGGGAACACAGAGACUUUGGACCUCAUGUUCUUGCUGUUUUUCUACGUUUGGAAGUGCGUUUCAGUUUCUGUCCCAGAAUGCCGUGCACUGACGGCCCCUGGUCUCCUUCUACUUUCACUCGUCUCCUUCCUCAAAGUGCUUCAUAGUUGCGCCCUCGUCAUAUAACAGGUCAAAGGAGACGCCCGUCUUUGUAUUCCUGCGCCUCCACUGCAGGGUGGCGGGGGGGGGGGGGUCGACCCGACUCGCCCCAUCCGGGUGACCGACAGCAGCUCUGAGGGGCGUGGCGGAGCCCUCCCACCCUUUGCCGACUGUAGUUUUAUAGGCAACACAACAAUGCAACAUGCUGCCAAGUGCGCCCUCUACUGGACGCUUGUGAGACACACCGCUUCAAGUCACUCAGGCUCCCCUUUUUUUAAAACUUUUCCCCACUGAGAAAUGGAAAAAAGACAAAAAUCCAGCAAGUUUCUGACCAAACAGACGUCCUUUCAUCCAAACCGUGGAGGUCAAGAGCUAAAGGAGAAAAUUCUGCUGCACAAUUGGAUGAAUUGGUUUGUUUUUCUUGUUUACCUUCAGUUUAAUCCAUUUAGGGAGGAAAAUCCGGCCAAAGCAGCAACUUGAAGACGCUCAGAAGUUCAUUUCAGUAACUCCUGCUUUAAAUCUGAUGAAUCUAAGUUGGUUUAGAUGAAAGCUGGCAUGAAGUUCAGUCCUUGUGUUUGUAGAAAGUUACUGCUGUUGUGGGGCUUCAGUGUGAGAAGAGGAGGGGGGGGGGGUGAUGAUGACGGGUCUGAGGAGGUCUUUAGUAAUGGGGGGGGGUGAAAGUAAAAUGAUGAACAGGUUUAUUUUAGAAGCGUUUUGACAGCAGAAAAGCUUCAUUUUGAUCAGGUUUGUUGUUUUCCGGUCCUUACUGAAGCCUUAAUGUUUUAUAAAUUAAUCUGGACAAUUAUUUUCAAAAAGCCAAAUUCAUGUUUGAUCGGAACAAACGAGUUUUAGCAGAAAUGAAUAUUUUCUUUUGGCGUCCAGGUUAUUUUUAUUUUAUUUUUUUCAUUCUGAAUAUGUGUUUUCGAUUCCUGACAGCUGAUGUGGAUUUCCCCGCAGACGCCAUUGUUUGUUCGUUUGUUUGUUUACUUCCUUCUUCCCGCAAACGGCGCCUGUGACCCGGCAGAUGCAGGCGUCCAACCCCCAUCCUGUAGAAGGAGAUCUUCAUGUGAACCAGCCGCACAAACUGAACGGAAAACUGCGAGGACGGAUCGACGGCGUUUGUCAGUCUUCGGGUUUGCAGGACAUCCUAAAACCACCUUAAAAAAGUCAUCUACGAGAAAAAAACACAGAAAGGUGACCAGAAACAGUUUUUUAAAAAGCACUACUACAUCAAUUAUAACUUUUCUUUCCGGAUGUUUUUGUUUUUAUUGCCAAGGAGAAUGUUACAGAAGUUUAGAAGCAGAAAGGAGAAACUCUACCGGUGUCUUAUUUUGAAGGAGCAUUUUAACGCUCCAGCUUCUGUUAAUUAUCAGUGAAAUAUCACAAGUUUAUUAUUAUUAUUAUUAUUUGUAUUCGUUUCAGUGCAGUUUCAUGACCAACUAUAUGAGGAUUGGUUGUUUCUUUUAUUGCCAUGACAAUCUUCUCAGUCCUCCUGAAGGGAUUCUGACGGUCACUGUAUGUUUCCUUUUUUCAUAAAAAUAAAAGCAUUCAUUACGGCACUUUAUGUAGAAGCUCCA